AUGGCGAUGGACGAGGUCGUCCAGUUCGGCGAUGACUUUGGCCAGAAGAUCGACCUCACGGUGCGCAUCCGCGAGAUCCUGCGCAACUACCCGGAGGGCACCUCGGUGCUCAAGGAGAUGGUGCAGAACGCCGACGACGCAGGCGCGACGACCAUCUCGUUCUGCCUCGACAAGCGCACGCAUGGCGCCGAGCACCUCGCGUACACGAAGCUCGCGUCCUUCCAGGGCCCAUCGCUUCUUGUGCACAACGAUGCGCGCUUCACGGAUGCCGACUUUGCGUCCAUCCAGCGCAUUGGCGAUUCGCUCAAGAAGGAUGCAUCCCAAGGCUGGAAGACCGGGCGCUUUGGCAUUGGCUUCAACUCGGUGUACCACAUGACGGACCUUCCGACGUUCAUUAGCGGCAGCCACAUUGUCAUGUUUGACCCGCAUGCCUGCCACUUGCCCAAUGUGAACCCGAGCAACCCCGGCAAAAUGAUCAACUUUAUGACGCGGCGUGAUCUCCUCGAGCAGUACCCGGACCAGUUUUGCCCGUUCGAAGGGUUUGGCUGCGACCUUCGAUCGCCCUUUGACGGCACGACGUUUCGCCUGCCCCUGCGCACGCCCGAGCAAGCCAAGACGAGCAAACUCACGUCCCGAGCGCAAACGCUCGCCUCGGUGUCGCAGCUCCUUUCCGAUUUUGCCGCCGAGUCGACCAUGACGCUCCUCUUUCUGCGCAACGUGACGACGAUUCACAUUUCGCAGUGGGAGACAGGCCAGUCGGCGCCAACACCGCUGCACACAACCAGCAUCACCAACUUGUCGCGCGAGCUCCAAGCGCAGCGCAGCCAAGCAUCGCUCAAGGCGCAAGCGUUCCCGCUGCAGGGUCAGAUUUGCGACUACCCGCUCGAGAUUACGACCCGGAACUUUGGCUCGAACAACGACGCGACAUCGACGUGGCUCAUCUGCAACCAGCUUGGGGGCAAAGAGAGCACGGCGAUGGCGAUUGACCCGGAGAACGCCUCGCUGCGACUUGUGCCGUAUGGCGGUGUUGCCGCGAGCUUGGACGUCACGACACCGCUGCAAGGCCGUGCGUUCUGCUUCUUGCCGCUGCCUGUCGAAACGGGGCUUCCGAUCCACGUCAAUGGCUACUUUGAGCUCUCGUCCAACCGGCGCGACGUGUGGUCGGGCGACGGUCUCACGGGCGAAGGGCUCUUGCGCGCGCAGUGGAAUUCGAGUCUCUUGGCGUCGGUCGUUGCGCCUUGCUACGCGCGCGCGAUCGAGGCCAUGACGCAAUAUCACACGACGCCACACCUCUUUCCGCUGCAGCUGCCGCUGCCGCCGUGGCAGACGCUCGUGACCUCGGCGCUGACGCAAGUCGCCGACAAGCCGUGUCUGUAUACGCUCACAAAGACGUUUGUGUCGCCCAGAGACGCACUCGUGCUUGGACCAUCGAGUGACAAGGACGCGCUCGAGCCUCUCCUCGUGCACGAUGGCCUUGGCCUCGUGUCGGUGCCGCCAGCGCUGCAGACGCUGCUGCUGACCACGAACACGAUCCCAAUCGAGUUUGGUCCGCGCCACGCCCGGGCGUGGUACCGUGCGCACGCGACGUGCCACGGCAGCAAUGCGGCCGCGAUGCACGCACUGCUUGCGUUUGUGCUGCGCGAUGGACCGCGCGACGACCUCGACGGCGUGCAACUGCUGCCGCUCAUGGACCACUCGGUCGGGCGGUUUGCGAUCCAAGCUCCUGUGGACGCCGCUGGCUUGCAACAGCUGCUCUCGAUGCAGUUUCCGCGGUCGUUGUGUGUGGCCGCGCUGCAAAAGCAUGAGAACAACGCACAAGCCGCGCUCGAGUGGCUCUUGACGUCGACGACCAAGGAGGCGUGUUCCACCACGUACUACCUCUGCUCGGAGCUCGAAUUGCAGCUCUUUGGCGCCAGCGCCCGCCAGCUACUUGUCGACAUGGAGGCAGUGGGCGACUGCAAGGCGACGCUUCUAUCGCUCGCGUCGCAUAUGAACGUGCAAGUGAUGGGCGUCCAGGACCUCGGCGACUUCUUGCCGCUCGUGUUGCCACCGCACUGGGCGCGGCAGUCGCGCGUCGCUUGGUCGAUCGAUGCAACCGACCUCCCAACGCUCGCGUGGUUUCAAGACCUCUGGGCGUACAUUGGAAACAGCCCGAGCACGCUGCUCGACCUCUGUGACCAGUGGCCGAUCGUCCCGACGCAGAACGGCGCCGUGUGCAGCCUCCGGAAGCAGUCGUCAAUUCUCCACACGGCGUGGCUCGCGCCAUCGAUCGUUGCAAUCCUUUUGCGCAUGCAAGUGGAUGUCUUGGCCCACGACCUCUUUCGCACCGAAGUGUCACCGGAAGUUUGGACGUACUUUCAGCAGCCGACACCGGAAGGCGUCGUCGCGUCCUUGUCCCGGGACCGCGUCGAGGUGCUCUCGGCGGUCGAGCGCGACGAGCUCCGAACGUACAUUGUGUCGCUGCACUGCGACGACAUGAGCGCGUCGACGGUGCAGGCACUGCGCUCGUUGCCGCUCUUCCACGGCUUUGGGUUUCGCCAGAGCAACGCGGUGGCAUGGGAUGAGACCGACGACCGCAGUCUCUUUGUACCGCUCACGCCCGGGCUGUGCGUGGCCCCGGAGAUCGAACCGCGCCUUUUGGAUGGCCGCUUUGUCGUGCAUCCCGAGCUCUCCAAGAAGGUGCUCACCAAGCUCGGGCUCCCAACGAUCUCGCGCGUCAAUUUCUUCAUGACGAGCAUGUUUGCCGCCAACGUGUGGUCGAAUUUGGAGCCCGAGAUGCAACUGUCGCUGCUAGAAGGCUUCUUGCUCCACGUGACGACGUUUGUACGCGACGACCCGCGCUUCAUCGGACGCGCCCAGCAGCUCCAGGUGUUUGCGACCAUGACAGGAUCGUGGCGCUACGUCACCGAGCUCUACGACCCGGACAUUGAGGCUUUUGUCGACAUGAUCGAACCGAGCUGCUUUCCAUCGGCGUCGCUCCAGACGCCAGCGUACCUCGGAGCGCUGCGUCUUUUGGGCAUGCAGCAGAUGCUCACGCGGUCGUCCGUGCUGCACAUUGCUGAAGUCAUUGCGACAACGGGUGUGGCCGAGGAGACUGCCGAGUUUCAACGGCGCACCAAAGAGUUUGUCAAGUAUGUUGAUGCCCACGCCGACCGGCUUCUCCAGCCCCAAGUGUCCAUGCACGUGGCGACGAAGAAGAAGAAGAUGUCGCUCCAGAAGAAGACGGGAAGCUUCUUCAAGGCCUUUCUAGAUAGCCGAUCGUCGACGCUCCAAGACGACGAGGACAACGAGGUGGACGACGCGGCGCACGCCGCUGCGUUGCAAUUGGAGAUGCAAGACAUCAUUGCGUUUCGCGAACAGCUCGUGCUCUUGGCGUGGAUGCCGGUGCUGCAGUCGCCGCCGUAUGCCUGCCUGCCGUGGCCGUCGUCGCCGCCGCUCGUCACGUCCCCGCUCGCGCUCCGACCUGCCGAGUCGCAGUGGCUUUGCUCGGCGAGUUUCUUCAUCCUGGACGGAGCGAUCGCAUCGAGCGCGCUGCGUCAGCUGUUUGGAUGGGACGCUCCACACGCGCUACCCGUGCUUCUCCGACAGCUCGUCGAGCUCCAUGCGACGUUUUGCGCCAUUGGCAACGACGACGCACAUCUCGCGCGACUGGCUGCGCAGGUGCCAACGUUGUACGCGGCCCUCGCGUCGUACCUCGUGCGCGACGCCAGCGCAGCGAAUGGCAUGCAAAGCGCACUGCACAACGUGCCGUGGCUUUGGAUCCGGGACCGCUUUUGGCGCGCGGACCAAGUCGCAUUCGACUCGUACGUGCACGCGCACGAGUACCUCGCAAUCGUCCCGAAAGAGCUGCUACCGUACGAAUCUCUCUUGUCGGCGCUGGGCGUGCGUCGCCGCUUCCACGCACGCGACUAUGUCGGCGUCCUCGAAGCCAUGUUUACGGCUCACAAUACGCAGCCGCUCUCGAAAGACGACGUCGCGCUCGCGAUCCAGCUCGCGCAAACGCUCAGCGACGAGAUGUCGACGGGCCUCGACGUGUACCUUCCGACUGCCAGCAAUGUGUUGGAAUUGGCGUCGUCGCUCCUCUUUAACGAUGCGCCGUGGCUGGCGCAGCCCUCGGGCCUGGUGUUUGUGCACCCGCAGCUCUCGAACGUGGUCGCGGGCAAGCUGGGUGCUGUCUCGUUCCGGUCAUCGCUCCUACGGAGCUCGUCGACGGCGCUCGACGGACUCGAACCCGAAGCGCUCGACGGUGUCACGGCGUUUGGCCAGUCGGAGCCGCUCACACGACGCCUCGCACACAUCUUGGAGCAGUACCCCGAAGGCACGAGCGUGCUCCACGAACUCGUGCAGAACGCCGACGACGCGGGCGCGACGCGUGUGAGUGUGUGCCUCAACCUCGCCACGUACGCGACGUCGUCGCUCUUGAGUGCCCCCAUGGCCGCGUGGCAAGGCCCCGCCUUGUACUGCUACAACAAUGCGGCGUUCCAGGAGCGCGAUUUCAUGAACCUCGCGCGCAUUGGCCAAGGCAGCAAGCUCCACCGCGUCUCGACGACCGGGCGCUUUGGUCUUGGCUUCAACUCGGUGUACCAUCUCACGGAUUUACCGUCGAUCGUAUCGGGGAGCUCGCUCGUCAUGUUUGAUCCGCACGCGACCUUUGUACCGAACGCAACGACAACGCAGCCCGGCAUCAAGAUCAACUUUACGUCCUCGAACGUCAUUGCGCAGUUUCCCGACCAGUUUGCGCCCUACAAGCUCUUUGGCUGCACCCUCGACGAGCCGUACCACGGGACGCUCUUUCGGUUCCCAUUCCGCACGACGGGCAUGCACAGCGAGAUCAAGCGGUCGGCGUACACGCAACACGAUAUGCACGAGCUCAUCACGCAGUUUCAGUCGUCGUUGGCCGCCACGAUGCUCUUUCUGCGACACGUCGAACACAUUGCAGUCUACAUCAAGACGGACGACGACGGCAGCGAACCGCGCCUCUUGUAUGAAGCCAGCGUGCCGCCGCGCCCACCGAACGCGCUGGACGCGUUUGCCAACAAGGACGCGUUUUAUCGCCAGUUGCAGCGGCAGGCAGCGCCAAGCAUCGACCACCACGUGCUUUCCGUGACGCUUUCCGAGCCGGGGAAUGCGGCGCCGGUGACUGAGAACUACCUCAUGGCCAUCGGCAUGGGCGCGGGCAGCGCCAAGGCAAUGGCGCUCGCGCACCCCGAGCUCAAGCUCAUUCCAUAUGUGGGGAUUGCAGCACGCUUGGAUGUUGUGCCAACGCCGCUCGACGGCCGUGCGUUUUGCUUUUUACCGCUGCCUGUCAAAGUCGGUCUUCCCGUGCACAUCAACGGGUACUUUGAGCUCUCAUCGAAUCGGCGUGACAUUUGGCACGGCGAUGACAUGACGGGCGAAGGACGCAUGCGCUCCGAGUGGAACAAGGCGCUUCUUGUGGACGCAGUUGCGCCGACGUACCUCUCGCUGCUGCUGCACGUGCAAGCCAUGGUCUCGAAAGACCACUAUUUGGCGCUGUUUCCGCCCCAGCGACCGCCGUCGCCGUGGUCCGCGGUCGUCGACACGCUCUACGCCCGCGUCGGCGCCAACAAGCUCGUGUACUGCGAGACGUCGGGAGCGUAUGUGCCGUUCAACGUGGUCCUCGCCCUGGACCCGGCGUUGCCGUCGGCGCGGGCGACCGAAGUGAUGGAGAUUUUGCGCCUGCAUGGUCUCUCGUACGCGUCGUUUCCACCGCCUUUGCACGCGCUCUUGCUUGAGAAGAAUGUGCUCCUCGGGGCAACGACGCCAAGUACGUUCCGCCAGCUCCUCCAGGCCGAGCGCAUUCGGCUGCAGACGUUGCCGCCGCAGCUGGUGCCGGCGCUCGUCAAGCUCUGCGUCGAUGACAUUCGCGACGAAGCCCAGCUCGAGAUGCUCCACGCGCUGCCACUUCUUGUGCUGCGGGAUCAAAGCGUGCGACCCAUUCUUCUCCGCGGUCAAGGCGACGCGGUUUAUGUCUGCUCGUCGAUCGAGCAGACGCUCCUCGAAGGCAUGUGCCCGCACCGUGUGCUCAACAUGGAGCUCUGCGGCGGCGUUUUGCGGGCGCUGCCCGGCUUUGUGACUAGCGCCAACGUCAAGGUCUUUGAUCUGCACGAGCUUGGGGCGAUUGCGUCGUCGCUCUUUCCGUCGGCGUGGCGUCAAAAGCCGCGUGUACCGUUCGUCGCGCACCCGAGCCGCCCGAUGACAUGGUGGAAGGCGCUCUGGAGCUACGUGGACGACCAGGUCUCGAACGGCAAUGACGUACCGACGUCGCUGCUGGAGUGGCCGAUCAAGCCCGUACGCAUCAACCCCACCAACACGGCGCUCAUGCCGCUGGACACUCCCGUGCUCUCGUCGCUCCAAGGGUUGCGCGGCGACCGCGACAGUAUCUUGGACUUUCUCAAGGACCACGACUUGUACGUACUCGACACGUCGCUCUUCCCCAACGAGCGGUGUCCGUCGUGGAUGCUGUCGUCGGGUUUUGCGUUUGCGUGUGACGCGUCGGGUCUCUUGAGCCUCUUUAGUCGCGGCACGGCGAUCGCAGCCAUCCCGCUGCCGGUCGCACGUGCGUUUCGGGCGCUGUUGGUCGAGGCCGACUUUGAGACGCUGUCGCCGGCCAACCAGGCAACGGCGCGAUCGCUACCGAUCUUUGAGCUCUCGACGCUGGGCGGUGCGAGCACGCUUGUGGCACUAGACAGCGCGAGUUACCUGCUGCCGCCCAGUGGCUUUGCCUACGCGCCCCCGCCGCUGCUGUCUCUGGCGUCUUCAGACGAGCGCGCCUUUUGCUUGGCCGCGGGGGUCGCCCAAGUGACGCACGACGACGCGCUUCUCGAGCACGUGUUGCCGCACUUGACGUUCUUUGAUGAGACGCUCCAGAUCGAGCUCUUGGUCAAAGAAGUGUUUCUCCGGUACGCAAGCAUGGCCCCGGCCGUCCAGAAGCGGCUCCGCGAGACGGUUCGUGUCCCGACAGCCGAUGCAAGCAGCGCGCACCGGCCCCUGCACGAGCUCCACGACCCGACGUCGGACGCCCUCCAAGGUCUUCUGGGUCCAUCGAGCUUUCCGACACCGCUGCUGGCGGCGCAAUUGGCAGUGAUGAAGGACAUGGGGCUGCAGCAGUCAAUCUCGUGUCUCGCCAUGCUCGAGAGCGCUCGCAGCAUUGAGAACGCGCCGGACACGAUGCGAGCGGUCCACCUCCUCGGCGUCGUCAACGAGCACCUCGAUGCCGUGUUUGCCCCCGAGAAGGACAGCGAGACGAUCGCGGCGCUCUGUGCCGUGGCUUGGCUUCCGAUCCAGACAGCGCGCCCGUUGGACGUGUUGCCGUGGACAGUCGCGACCGGUGGAGUUGCGUCGCCGCACGCCACGUGGCCGCCCGAGUGGAUUUGGUACGGCUCGGCGACCAAGUGCAUUUUGAACGGACACGUGACCUCGAAAGUCUUGCGCGACGCAUGUCAAUGGACGCUCUCGGCCGACGUUCUCGCGCAGCAGCUCGUGGCCAUCGCCGAGCGGCAUGCGUCGUCGGCCGUCGCGCUCGAAGACCCGACGUUUCUGCACCAACGCGUGGCCAAUGUGUAUGCGACGCUGGAAGGAUGCAUUGCCAACUUGAGUGACGACGAGACAUGGAAAGCACACUUGGCGUCGUCGCCGUGGAUCUGGACGACCUCGAUGCGCUUUGUGCGCGUCUGCCAAGUGGCCCACGACGGCCCCGAGACCGUCGCCCCCGUCCUCGUCACGGUCGCCGACACGCGGGUGCCGUCGACUCUGCUCGAGGCGUUUGCGAUCAAAGCGAGCUUUGAGAUGGACGAUUAUGCGCGUGCACUGACGUUCCUGCCGCGUGAUGCGCCGCUGCAAGCGUCCGACAUGGCCCUCGUCAACGUCCUCCUUGGUUUGCUCGAGCAGGCAUCGCCCGACAGCGUCAGAAACAUCUUGCUACCGGACACGGAUCGCAUGCUGGCGCCCGCAACCGAGCUCGUGGUCGAUGACAUGGCAUGGCACAAAUCCAGCGAGCGCGGCCGUCGGCGGUUCGUGCACGCGAGUGUGGCCCCGCACGUCGCGCUGCGCUUUGGGGCGGUCUCCAAACACGCACUGGUGGCCAACGCGUCGUGUAACAGCGUCAAGAUGAUGUGUCCGCACCUCGUCGCCAUCAAGGCGCAUUUGCCAGAGGCCAAUUACGCAUCGUGGGCGACCAAGCUGCUUCGCGACAUGCUCGACGUAUCCGAAGCGCUGCAUUGCCCACGCGUCGAUGUGGUAGUCGAUACGCGGGCGCAUGCCGACCAAAAGGUGUGCCGGCCGUCGUUCCAGGCGCUGCAACGCGACGCAAUCGUGUUUCACUUCCACGACGUCCAAGUGCAGCCCGAGACGCUCUUUCUCAAGUACGGCAAAGGCUCGGCGGGUCUUCUAUCGGGUCUCUUUGUGAGCGACUGCAUCCAAGUGCUGAGCGGCACGGACUUUUACGUGAUUGACCCGAGUGGCACGUACCUCGAGCAGGCGUCGACACUGCGCUACAACACGCAAACGCCCGAGUUUGCGAGCUUCUCGGACCAGCUCGCGCCAUUUGCGUCGCUGCCGUCGCUUCAAAGCGGAACGAUCGUCCGGUGUCCGCUGCGCACGACACCCGAUUCCAAGCUGCGGCCCGCGCUCACACCCCAGGACAUGGCCUCGUUUCUCUCGACGGCCAAUGCGUUUGCACCGACGUCGGUGCUCUUCUCGUCCUACUUGCGGCACUUGACGCUGUGGCACUUGACACCAGAGCUCCGGACAUGUACGAUCGACGUCGCGUUGCAGAACGCGGACCGCGUCUUGAGCCAGCGCCUCUCGCUGCUCCAGGACGACGAGUGGCGCAAGCCAAAGCCGACAGGCCUCUUUGGCAAUGUGUUUAAGCGCUCGAUGACACUGCCUUUCGCGAUCUCGGACGUCGCGAUCCGGGUGAGUGCGCAGAAGGAGGUGGCCGUGCACCACUGGUGUGUGAGUGCCAACAUGGCCGUGGGUCGGACCCAAGACUUGGCGAAAGCGGUGCCAGCACUCUCGCCCCACGCGUCCGUGGCACAUCUCGUGCGCACGACGGGCGGCGCGACUAUCCCGCGCGUCCGAGGCCAGCUGUUUGCCCCGUUUGCCACCGACAUAUACACGGGGCUUCCGGUGCAUGUGCAUGCGGGCUUUGGUCUUGACGCGCCGUCGCUUCACGUGCCCGUGCGCGGUCUCGGGCCCAAGAACCAUGUGAUGGACGAGUGGAACCUCACACUGUUGGAGGACGCGGUCACGGAGGCCUAUGUGCAGCUCUUGAGCACGCUCAAGGCCAACGCCAUCGCUGCGAACGUGCCACGGAUGCUCUAUGGUGCAUGGCCCGCCCUGCGUCGGUCGACGGACCUCGGCCGACUGGUGCAGCGCAGUUUGCACCCCAAGGUGUCGCAACUCGAGCUCUUCUUGUGUGGCGAUGGCAGCUACCGCCGCCUCACGGACGGCUAUUUCAUGGAGCCGACCAUGCCGCUUCAAGUCGCAGCGUAUGCGCGGCUGCACUUUCCCAUGUUUACAGUACCUUCGAGCGUCGUGGCCGCGACCACGACGAUGCAGUCGACGCCGCGCCUCUUUACGCCGCGCGUGCUGCGCGAGUGGCUCAAGCGCGUCGCGGCCUCGUCGCUGCACGUCGGGCUGUGCCACGACCUGCUCGCCUACUGCUUGCGCGAUUUGACACCUAUGACGUACGGGGAGCUUGCAGGCUUGCCCGUGCUUGCGCUCGCCGAUGGGACGGUCGGGACGGUGCCGAAAGCCAGCUUGUUUUCAGCGAUCGCGGCCGAACCGUUCAUUGUGGCGACGCUCGACCAGCAGCUUCUUUUGCCGAGCAUGCGCAGCCGGUUCCUUGCGCUCGAGUUUUGCCGCGCGUUCGACUUGGAAAACGUGCGUCUGAUCACUGCACUGGGCGCGGCGCCGUUUUCAGUGACGUUUCUCUCGCAGCACAUUGCGAGUGAGCUCCCGCCAGCGUGGCGCAACAAGGACCGCGUCGUGUGGUCGCCGUCCCAGGACGUGGGUGUCUCUGCGCUCUGGCUCGGCCGGUUUUGGAAGGAAGUCGGCAAGAAGGAGCAUGCCCAGCUCUUUCAUGCAUGGCCAUUGCUCCCGAUUGCUGGCAAGAACGAGCUGCUUCGGUGUCGCUACAUGGACGACGUGCUCGUACUCAAGCCCGGGAGCGCGAGUUUGGAGCUUGCGGCGUCGAUUGCGCGGCAGCGGCAGGUUGCAAUCGCCGACGAUGACGCGCAGCAUGCUGCAUACCUCCACGAACGCCACGUCAUGGAUGCGCUCGCCAAGCAAGAGCUGCAUUUGGACGAGGACGAGGACGAAGAAUUCGAGGGGGAUGAAGCCGACGGCGAAGCCGAGGACAGCGACAACGUUCCGGCGUCGGAGGCCACGGUUGACGCUGCGGGGAUCUCGUUGGCCGUCGACGACGAGGCGGUCUCGACAGCGCAAGACGAGGCAACUGUCGAUGACGAAGAUGGCGUCAUCUCCGAGUCGGAAGGCACGCGGCGGCUGCACCCGCUCUUGGCGCGCCUCGACGUUCCGAUUUUCGAACUUGGUUUUGUUCCCGAGGCCCAGCACCACGAGUGGCUUGUCCGGCCCAGUGACGCGGCGCUCAUGAUCCUCGGCGGUCUCUUCAAGUGGUCCCACGCCGGUCGCCUGCAAUGGCCAAUGGCGUCGCAAGCCGACCGCGAAGAACUCGUUGCGUACUUUGCCGACCACGGGACGCUCUACGGCGGCUUCAACCAGCGCCGAAAGGACCAGCUCCGGGGGCUUCCGCUCUACUACUCGCUCUUGGGCGACGAGUGCAUUCUGAGCCACGACACAUACUACCUUGUCGACGAGUCGGUCAUCGGGUUUCCAGCGUACCUCCCCGAGCACACCAAGCAGUCGUUCCUGCACGUGCCUCGGCCGUCGCUGCUCGCAUUCUUCAAGGAGCUCGAUGUCGCGUGUCUCACCGAAGCCGACAUGGUCGCCAAGUUUGUCGUUGGUCGCUUCGACGCAUUUGACGCGGUCCAGCGCACUGCGCUCCUCGACACGAUCCAGCGCAAGUGGUCGGUCUUCCAGCGCAAUGCAUCCCUCGUAGCGUUUCUGCAGUCGACGCCGCUCUUUUCGACGCGCGACGGUUUGAUUGUGCCAGCGUCGACGCUCCUCGACCCGACGCACCCGGUUCUGGCGUCGGUCUUGCUACCGUCGUUCCCCGAGUCGUUUCCGGCGCCGGCGUACGCGACACCCGAGUGGCUCGACAUUUUGCAUGCGCUCGGCAUGACGUAUGAGCUCUCGACGGCGGUCUUUGCGCGCUGUGCGAACCACGUGGCGUCGUGGCCGACCCCGCUCUCGUCCGAGCACGAAGCGGGCGCGCUGGCCCUCCACGAAGCCUUUGCGCGUCACUACGACAAGUACGAGCGCGCGCGCUCGUUUCUCGAAGAGCUCGCGUCCAUCGCGUUUGUCCCGGCGAUCGAGCAUGCGCUAAGUGGGCCCGACCGCACGAUCUUGACGCGGUACUGCGACUGCGCCGUGCCGUCGGAUGAAGCCGUCGUCUUCUUCUCCAAGCCGAUCGCGCUGGCGUAUGCGGUGCCACCCCGCGUGCUCUGGCGCCGCCUCGACGUCGUCUCGCCGCCACCGGCGACCGAUGUGCUCUUGACGCUCGAGCGCGUGACGAGCAACGCCACUGUGCUGGACGACUGGUCGCACGCCACGUCCGUCUUGGAGCUCUUUCAAAAGCUGUUUGCGUACUGUGAUGCGCACUGGGACACGCUCGGGCACGCGAUGCAGUCGCGACUCUGCGAACUGCCCUUGCUGCCGAUUGGCACGCGCUUUGUGAAGGCCAGUCGCGUCUACGUGCGUCUCCAGGAGAACCUCGCGCCGUUCCUCUUUGAAGUGCCCCGCGCCUUUGGUGCGUACGACCACUUGUUUCAACGCCUUGGCACAAAAGAGUCGCCGUCCGCCAACGACUAUGCGCAGCUCCUCGCCGAGCUCGCGACCGAGUGCAUGGUGCUCAACCUCAACGAGCUCCGCGCCGUCGUCAAGAUGGUGACGUUGGUCGCCGAGACGGAGCUAACGUUGUCGCACCCGCUCAUGCUGCCAACGACGACACACGAGCUCGUGCCGUUGCAGUUGUGUGUCGCCAACGAUGCGACCGCACGCCGGCUCACAUUGCGCAUGCACAUGCAGCUCGCGUCGAUCCACGUUGUCCAUGGCAUGGUCACUGAUGCCGUGGUGCGCGCGCUGCACGUCCCGAGCCUGUCCGACCUCGUGGUUGAAGAGCUCUGUCCAGGGGAAGCCUUGGUGCCCACGGUCGACACCACCGCGAUGACGGCCGUGUUGCGCUCGGACGCCUUUGGGCGUGGCCUCGCCGCCGUGUGUGUCGGCAGUGACGACGACAUCGUCCUGCGCUUCCGCGAGCAUGCGAUCUGUGCGGUCGAAACACUUGCAACGCGUCUCUAUGUGCGCAACGGGCGGCUCGAUGUGACCAAAGACCCGUCGAGCCUCUGUUUCAUCGACGAGACGGCCAAGGUGCUCUAUGUGACGACGCCCGGGUCGCUGAGCCUGUCGCAUGUCGUCGCGCUCUGCAUUCAGCAGUCGAUGCCACACGCUUUACUCGACUGCGCGCCCGUCCUCGCGAUGCUCGAGAGCUCGGACAUUCCGCAGACGCUUGCGUAUCUCCGCGUUGGCAGUCGCCGGGUCUUGCAAGCACGGGGGGUGCCUGGCGCACCGCUCUGCGACGUCGACAUGCUGGCCCUCGAGCUCAAGCCGUUGCGGUCGUUCUUGCCGGGCGAGGUGGUCGCAAUCGAAGGCAGCAACCACGAACACGUCUACGCGACGGUACUCGCCGAACAAUCCACCGGCGGGCUCAAGCAAGUCCAGUUGUGCGUCGACACGAAGCAUACGACAACGUGGCUGCCGUCGACCCAAGUGUUUUCGUUUCAAUCUGUGCGGCAGUCGACAACGCUGUCGGCGGCCACGGCGACGCCGACGACGGCGGCGGUGCAGACGGCGGCUGUGACGUCGAUGCCGUCGUCGGUGCCAUCGCUACCUGUCUCGGAGACGCAGGUACUCGACGCGGUCAACGAGCUCCUCGGUCGCGUCAACAUGAGUCUCAGCGCGCCGUACGAAGCCCUUCUUCAAGAGACAUUGCGGCUCAAGCAGCGUUUGGCGCACGCGGAAGAGAGCUACCGCGCUGCGUCCGAGCGCAUUGAGGAGGCGCUGGCCGAGAAGAAGGACGUGCUCGAGGCCAUGACGUGCUCGGUCUGCUUUGAGAACGACGUCAACCGUGUGCUCGUGCCCUGCGGCCACGUGUUUUGCAGCGCGUGCGUCGGUCGGUUCCCGCGCAACAAGUGCCCGACGUGCCGCCAAGACAUUUCCACGCAUUGCGCCUUCCACAAGCCGUAUUAA